UGUUUUGGUAGGAAUAUGUUAACUGAUAAAGACAUAUUUGCUGGAAACAGCAGGAGUCGGUGUUUAACGUAAACGUUAGCUCGUUAACCAUCUUAGCUAGCUUUCUCCCGUGGUUGGAACUCUUUUGUUGAAACUUACAGAAUCUUUAAUAAAUUAAUGGCAUAUAUAUAUUGAUGUAGUUUCUUUUAUUUGUUUGUGGGGGGAAAGUUCGUUUGUCAUACUCUUUUCUUUGUGGUAAUGCUCGAGAAUACGUCUCUGCUGCAAUGAAUAUGUAAAUGGCUGCGUCGCUACUCAGCAGUAAGUUAACAGCUAGAAAUUCGUUUAUUUCAGCUGUCUUAAUACAGACCAAUUAUACUACAUUUAAAGUACAUGUACGUGUGAACAAGUCUCAGUCCCUUUAAUUGAGUCAGAUAGCUGCUCCGGGGAAGGAGAUGAUGUAAGUAGGACUGGUAUGCAGAAGUCUGACAUCAGCAUCAAACUCUCCGAAAACUAAAGCUGUGUUUACUCUGACCAAAUAAGGAGGGAAAGAAGCCAAAGAAGUCUAACUGCAUCAUCAUUAAGAGUCAGCACCAUGGCUGGCUUCAGGCAGGAGGAUGUUGACCUGUAUUAUGAGAUGGGAGAGGAGCUGGGCAGCGGGCAGUUUGCCAUCGUCCGUAAGUGCAAGGAAAAGAGCACAGGCGUUGAGUAUGCAGCCAAGUUCAUCAAGAAGCGACGGCUGUCGUCCAGUCGACGGGGGGUGAGCCGCGAGGAGAUUGAGCGCGAGGUCAACAUCCUGCGGGAGAUCCAGCACAGCAACAUCAUCACCCUGCACGACAUCUUUGAAAACAAGACCGACGUAAUCCUGAUCCUGGAGCUGGUGUCUGGAGGAGAGCUGUUUGACUUCCUGGCUGAGAAGGAAUCUCUGACCGAGGAGGAGGCCACGCAAUUUCUCAAGCAGAUCCUGGAUGGUGUUCAGUACCUCCACUCCAAACGCAUCGCUCACUUUGACCUCAAGCCUGAGAAUAUCAUGCUGCUGGACAAGAAUGUGCCCAACCCCAGGAUCAAGCUAAUUGAUUUUGGGAUCGCUCAUCAGAUUAAAGCAGGAAAUGAGUUUAAGAAUAUCUUUGGGACUCCAGAGUUUGUUGCGCCAGAAAUAGUCAACUAUGAGCCGCUUGGCCUGGAGGCAGACAUGUGGAGCAUCGGAGUAAUCACAUACAUUCUGUUGAGUGGUGCAUCACCAUUUCUGGGUGAGACCAAACAGGAGACUCUGACCAACAUUUCAGCUGUUAACUACGACUUUGAUGAGGAGUAUUUUAGCAACACAAGCGAGCUGGCCAAAGACUUCAUUCGCCGUCUUUUGGUCAAGGAUCCCAAGAAGAGGAUGACAAUUGAUGACAGUCUUGAGCAUCCCUGGAUUAAGGUGAUCAAGAGGAGGAAUGUCCGGCAGGAGGACAGAGACCACAAGACUGAGCGCCGGCGCCUGAAGACCACUCGUCUGAAGGAGUACACCAUCAAGUCCCACUCCAGCAUGCCUCCCAACAACACCUACGUCAACUUUGAGCGCUUCUCCCAGGUGCUCGAGGAGAUAGCAGCGGCAGAGGAAGGCUUGAAGGAGCUGGAGCGCAAUCAGCGCUCAUGCCAGGAGGACGUGGCAGCUCUGCUGUCCAUAUACGAAGAGAAAGAAGGUUGGUACAAGGAGGAGAACCAGAGCAUCUCCGCUGACCUGAGCCAUAUCCGCCAAGACCUGCAGCGCACACAGUCCCAGCGCAAGAAGUGCCAGGAGGACGCCCGGGUCACCAUGCAGGCUGCCAACAUCCUCAAACGCAAAUUUGGUCGUUUGGAAAACCGCUACGAGGCUCUAGCUGAGCAGGUCGCCUCAGAGGUCCGCUGGGUGGAGGAGCUGGUCAAGUCCAUAUCUGCAGAGAAAGAUGGCCUCACCUCUGGCAGCAUGCCCUGAGCUGACCCAUCCAGCAGAGACAUUUCCAUUGUCAAGUAUCCUCCUGCUCAGCUUGUGCAGUAGAGUUUGAGGGGGUCAGUUUCAUUUUAAGCUGUGCUGCUGCUGCCCAUUGAAAAAAAAAAAUCCUCUAUUUUUACAGGCCAGGGAGAAAGGGCAAGAAGCAGAAAGGCAAUACGUUCCAGCCGUAGACUCAUUCCUGUGUUUUAUACAUUAAUUUAUAAUUUUAUCAGUUUUAUGUACUGUCAUUCAGUCGUUUUUACAAACUACAUUAGCUAGAAUAGAAAUUCAUUCAUUUAUUUUUCUUAGUUAUAAUUUUUUUUUAAAAAACGAGUCUUUAAGUUCUUAAGAUGUGAACAAAGUUUGUUCUUGUUUCUGCCUCAUUAUGUGAGAAAACAUCACAUCCUACACGUUUAGUGAGGCAUUCAGGGUAUUUAUUUAUGCAGUUGUGUGCAUUUUAAAUUAGACUUCAGUUGAAAUUUAAAUUCUUUCAUAUGUUGGGAAAGUUUGUCAACUGUGAGUGAUGCAAUAAAUGUAAACCUUCUGCACAGAAAACAUAACUUAGGGUAAUGCUUUGUUUUACAUGCCAUGCUAUUUCUUGGACAUUUAAUAGAAAGCCACAUUUAUAAGGGAUGUUAUGGGACUGCUAGCUUAGCUUUUGGAUGUCUGUAUAGAAGUUCUUUACGUUUACACACACAGAUACACUGUGUAGUGUUUUUUUUUCCCCCCCUUGGACAUUUCUUGGAAAAUUAGUUAUUCUAAAUCUACAGGCUUGUAAAAUAGAGCAUUACCAGAUAUAAGAAUGUAUUAAGUUGUCUUUGCAGUGCCUGAAAACUGAUCAACCUCAUUGCCUCUGUGAGCAUUCAUCUGCCAUCAAGCUAAUAACAGUUUAAUCACAUCAGUAAAAAUGCUCAAAGUCUUAAAAUGCAACAACAUUUGCACAGUUGCCUUCUAAACCCAAUAGUGCGCAUGGAAACUUCUUCUGUACUUAGAAUGUAACUUUGCAUUCAUCUCUGCACACUUGAGACAUUCCAUCAAUCUGUUUCACACCCAGCCAACACAUUCCCCGAGUAUAUCACAGAAAGCAUAUUGUGUAGUCGUUAGUAUUUUUCUGUAGAGAACUGUACUCAUUUGCACCUAAAUGAUUAAAGUAAUCUUCCAAAAUA